UCAAACUCUCUGAGUCACAUCCAUGAGUACCACUAUGCUUAUUCUUCUCAGCCUCCUGCAUCUUCUAACACUAAUUCCAUCAACUUCAGGCAACACAUGUAGAUCCUUCUGUGGAAACAUAACCAUAGACUACCCCUUUGCCAUCCAUUCCGGGUGUGGCCACCCGGGUUUUCGAGAUCUCUUAUAUUGUAUCAACGAUGUUCUUAUGUUCCAUAUCAGCUCAGGCUCCUACAGGGUUCUGGAGAUAGACUAUGCAUACCAAUCUCUCACACUACAUGACCCUCACAUGUCAACUUGUGACACCAUUGUGCUAGGUGCUAAGGGUAAUGGCUUCGCAGUCGAGCAAUGGCGGGCGCCAUACAUGAAUCCAUCCGCUGACAAUGUGUUCAUGCUGAUAGGCUGCUCAGCUCAGUCGCCACUCUUCCAAGGCUUCCCAGGAAAGCACUUGCCAUGUAGAAAUGUUUCAGGCAUGAGCUGUGAGGAGUACUAUGGUUGCCCUGCUUGGGACCUUUUGGGCCAUAGAAUGGUUGGUUCCAAGUUCGGGACAGGCCCACCUGAGUGCUGUGCUGUGCCCUUUGAGGCUAUCAAGUCAGUGAACCUCAGUAAGCUUCAGUGUGAAGGUUACAGCAGUGCUUAUAGUCUAGCACCUUUGAGGCUUGAUGGGGCUAAUGGAUGGUCUUAUGGGAUCCGUGUGAAAUAUUCUGUUCAAGAAAAUGAUGAGUUCUGUAGGUCGUGUGAGGCUACCGGAGGCACCUGUGGGUAUGGUACUGAUGGCAUUAGGCAAUUGUGCAUGUGUGGGAGCUCAAAUUCGACAUCAAACUGCGAUUCUGUGAAAUCAUCAUCAAGAAGAACAUACUCAAAGGCAGACACAGUCACUGCAGUGUCACUGAUGUUCUUGCUAGCUUGGAUUGCACAGAAGUGAAAGAACUGUUCUUGAUAUGGAGUGCAGCAUCAGCAUAUGUGAUGCAUAUAUCAUGAUGUAAAUG